AAGAACUGGUUGGUUUGUGGUACGAGUCAAGUCCAGCCAAUAAUCAGUGCAACGUCACUCCAGACGACGUCUAACUAAACCGGGAAGGAUCAUGCAGCAGCUUGUGGUGACAUUUGGGGUGCUCACGGUGGCGCUGGUCAUGCCGAGAGUAUUUGGACAAAGUGAUAACUUCAGCAACGGCACCAGCACAGUUAGUCCCCAAGAUAUUUAUGAUCUGAGUGAAGAGGACUUUCAGCUGUGGGUAUCCGGCAGGACACCAAAGGCAUGGGUCACGAGUACAACGCCCCGUCUUGCCACCAUCGGUUCAUCGACCACGCUGUUCGGAACCAGUCGGUUGAUGGAACCGUUCAACCCCUUCGUGCCCCAGACAACAUCUGCACCCACCUCCCCACAACCAGAAUUUACCGUCACGCCGAGACCGGUCAGCACAACCACCACCAGCACUAGUGCUCCUGUGACCUCGCCAAUCGUGGUGGAAGAUCCCGACAACGGAUACUUCUAUCGAAAGCCACAAGAUUUUCAAAGCUGGCUGAAAGAUCAAAUGCAGCAUUCCCAGCGGAUUACCAAUCAGCUGGUGGCCAAUUUCCCUAGCCUACCACCUCCUCCCCAACCUCCACAGCCACCACAGCCUCCACAACCCCCACGACUUGCCCCACCUCCAGUGGACUGCGUGCCAGUUAGUCAAAUCCUGAACCACCAGCGACCUGCAGCGGUAUCCUUUCAGACAUCGGCCACUAUCCACCGGUUCCACGAUCCACCAACCCUAGUUCAGCAACAGAAUCUACCAAAGCCUAACCAACCCCAGCAACAGGUUCCACAACAUCCACAAAUUCCACAGCAAUUUCCAAACCAACAGCAACAACAACAACAGCAAGUCCCCCAAAAUGCUCCACAACUGCCUUUCCAACCCCAGCAGCAGGUUCCACAACAAUUUCCAAACCAACAGCAGCAAAUCCCCCAGAAUGCUCAUCCCCAACUGCCCCAUCAACCCCAGCAGCAGGUUCCGCAGCAUCCACAGGUGCCACAGCGGCCGCAGUUGGGACCCCAGCAGCCACCGCAAAAUCCGGAGCAGCAAAGCUACCACUUUCAGCACUUUGUGUCCAAGUUCCCGGGUAGACCUCAAGGGAGCCACAUGCAGGAGUACUACGUGAGUCCGCUGUACUACCAGCAGCAGCAGCAGCAUCGGGAGCAUCAGACUAUCGUGCCGGCCUACCAUCAUCAUCAAAAUCCGGAACCAGUGGUGGUGAACUACUUCUGAGUCGUUCUGCCGUGGUUGAUUUUUACCUCUCACAAGACUGUUGUUUUUUUUUUGCUCAUGUUGAACGCGUAAAAUAUAAGGACUUUACAAUUUA